CCGAUGAGCGGUCGAAAGAUCGCGGCCGCCACUGUACAAAACCGUACUCAGACUCCGUUCUGGACAUGGAUACGUAAUAAGCUGCUCGCUGUCGACAGGCUACCGAAAACUCCUCCUCCAGGCCUUCCAACACCUGACGGAAAGGCAGUCUAUCAUAAUCCACUACGGUUCCCAAAUACGCAAUCUGCUCGACCUGGUUCAGCAGAGCUACCAACAUUACCCGGUGGAGUUCAUCACAUUAGUUCAGGAAAUUACUACUACACUAGGGAUGGUCGUCGUGAGGUUAUGCCACCCAAGCCGGUGUACUUGUCGGAUGGUCAUCAGGUUAAAUUUGGAACGCCUACUGGUGCAGCGCUCACAAGUGGAAUAAUUUUUUUUUGUUUUAGUGAAAGUGAAGCAGUCCAAGUAAACAAAGGACCGUCAGCGAACUUUGGUCUAGAAUCACCUACACCAGGUUUUGGUUUCGAAUGGAAACGUAAUCGAGAGACUGAGCUUGAGACGCAGAAAGAAGAUCCGGAAUUGGCUCGCCUUGAACGUUUUGAUAGAUUUUCAUCGAGCAAGUAG